UUCUUCUUUCUCAGUAAAGAGAGACGCACAGACGAUCAGACUGAGUUCAGACCAAACUAGCAGCUUCCUCUGAGUGAGUCCAGCUACAGGAGAGAAAAGUGGAAAACUCCAACACUGCUGCUUCAAGCUGCUGACGCUCCACACACUGAAUCUUCACUCACAGACUCAAUGGCUUCCAGAUCAGAGGAGGAUCUCUGCUGUCCGGUCUGUCAGGAGGUCUUCAGAGAUCCUGUUAUUCUGUCAUGUAGCCACAGCUUCUGUAAAGACUGUCUGAAGAGAUGGUGGAGAGAGAGACCAACACACGAGUGUCCAGUUUGUAAGGAAAUAUCAGUGCAAGAACCACCUUUAAACCGAGCUUUAAAGAACUUGUGUGAGUCGUUCUUACAGGUGAGAGCUUCAGAGGCUCUCUGCAGUCUGCACUCUGAGAAACUCAAACUCUUCUGUCUGGACCAUCAGCAGCCAGUGUGCCUCAUCUGCAGAGACUCAGAAAAACACACCAAUCACAGAUUCAGACCCAUCGAUGAAGCUGCACAACAACACAAGAAGGAACUUCAGGAAACUCUGGAGCCCUUAAAGAAGAAGUUAAAGGUUUGUGAAGAAGUUCAAGUGAAGUUUGAUCAAACAGCAGAACACAUUAAGGUCCAGGCCCGACACACAGAGAGGCAGAUUAAGGAGCAGUUUAAGAAGCUUCACCAGUUUCUAGCAGAGGAAGAGGAGGCCAGGCUGGCUGCACUGAGGGAGGAAGAGGAGCAGAAGAGUGGGAUGAUGAAGGAGAAGAUGGAGGCUCUGAGCAGAGAGAUAGCAGCUCUUUCAGAGACAGUCAGAGCCACAGAGGAGGAGCUGAGAGCUGAAGACGUCUCAUUCCUGCACAACUACAAGGCUGCAGUGGAAAGAGUCCAGCGCUGCCCCCUGCUGGAUGAUCCACAGCUGCCCUCAGGAGCUCUGAUAGACCAGGCCAAACACCUGGGCAACCUGACCUUCAACAUCUGGAACAACAUGAAGGACAUGGUCUCCUACACUCCUCUCAUUCUGGACCCAAACACUGCUCAUCCAAAACUCAUCCUGUCUGAAGAUCUGACCAGUGUGAGAGGAAGAUGGAGGCAGCAGCUUCCUGAUAAUCCAGAGAGGUUUGAUGGAUUAAGGUUGUGUGUCCUGGGCUCUGAGGGCUUUAACUCAGGGACUCACAGUUGGGAUGUCGAGGUUGGAGACAGUACAGGGUGGGCACUGGGGGUGUUAGCAGAGUCUGUGCAGAGGAAGGGAGACAUAGAGUCUGGAUUAUGGAGAAUACGGUUCUCUCAAGGUAAAUACUCAGCACGCUCACCAUCAGCUGGAUUAACUGCUCUCUCAUUCCAGCAGAAGCUCCAGAGGAUCAGAGUGAAUCUGGACUGGAACAGAGGAAAGCUGUCGUUCUCUGAUCCUGAUACUAACACACACAUACACACCUUCACACACACUUUCACUCACAGGAUGUUUCCAUACAUUAACACUUAUGAUAAAGUGAAGGUGUGUCCGUUGAAGGUGUCAGUGUCAGUGGAGCAGAUGAGUUGAGGAUGAUGAUAUUUCUAAUGUUGUUUCCUGUCAGUGAAUUGAAGCUGUUAAACUGCAGCUGUCCUCCUGCUGCCUCGUUGUUCCAAAGCUCUUUGUUUCUCUUUUAGUUCUCACUGUUUCUUUCUGUUUCUGCUGUCCACCUUUUCACAUGGAAAAUCAUUUCACUGUUUCUCACUGAAUGACUCCCCAAACUAGAUUUGAAAUUCUAUCAAGUUUCUAAUCAUUACAAGUGAUUCAUGUUUCUAUUUGAUGUGUGUAAAUGGAGAUGAUUUAGUUUGCUGGGAUAUGGACUGACAUGUGUUGAAUGGGAGGAGCAGUUUGUUGUUGUCUUCUUGUCUGUUUAUGACAACAAUAAAUAUAUUGUUGAAACAA